GAUUCUAUUAAGCGCAGGCGAGGUUUCGACGCUGACCGCCGUCAUCGUUGGUUGUAGUGGCUUCUCCGUAACAGAGAAGGACACACGUAUCUGAGGUCCUGCACAAUCCUGGGGAAAUAUGAGGCUGUGGCAAGGGAUAGCUGUGCUGGUGCUCGUGCCGGGUGUGCUCUCCGGCGAGGCCCCGUCCUUUAGAAACGAGCAAGCCAGUUCCUCGAGCGCUCACUCUUCAUCCUCCAACACCCACAGUUCGUCCUCCGCCAGCCACGGCUCGACCUCCGCCAGCCACGGCUCGACCUCCACCAGCUUGACCAAUUAUCUGGGAUGGGAUUUGUUUGGCGUGGAGUCACUGGCUCCGUUUUUGAAUCUGGCAAACUAUGGAUUCCCCAGCCACAUAGACCUGCUUAGCUUUAACACCGGAGCAGGUACAACUAUAUUGGCUGUGGCUGAAGAUAAGAUGGCUCAAUUCAUACAGAAGCUGACGAAUGCCGGCGUGGGCUUCCAGAACACACUUCAAGACAUUUCUCAGAUGUUCAUCACACCUCUCACCUACGACCAGACGAGGAGUCUCCGCAAAGGCGACGCUACAUUCGAACGUUACAUGUAUUACACAGAGAUCGUGUCCUACAUUGAGGAGCUCCCCGCCAAGUACCCUAAUGACGUUCAGGUGGAGGAGAUUGGGCGCAGCGUCGAGGACAGACCAAUCUACCAAAUCAUAAUCAACAGAAACGAUUCGAGUAACACGGAUAUGCCAGUCAUAUUCAUUGAGGCGGGGAUAUACGCGAGGGAGUGGGUGUCUCCGGCCUCAGCGCUGUAUCUGGUGAACCGCCUGCUGGAGGACAGCCCAUCCCUGUCGCAGGAGGCCGAGUGGCGCGUCGUCCCGCUGCUCAACCCAGACGGCUACGUCUACUCCUGGAGCCAUGAUCGGCUCUGGAAGAAAAAUCGCGCCUCCUCAGCCACUUCCGAUUGCUUCGGUGUUGAUCUGAACAAGAACUUUGGUUCCUACUGGGGAGAGAUCGGCUCCAGCAUCAACCCUUGCUCCAACAUGUUCCACGGCACAAGCCCCUUCAGUGAGCCCGAAACCAGAGCGCUUAGGGAUGCCAUAAAUGAAGUUCAGAACAGAACAAAGGCUUAUAUAUCGCUUCAUUCCUUCGGGCAAACUCUCAGUUAUCCAAGGUCCAUCCGCGAUGAUGCCAACCGAACCAGUGCCGAGGAGUUGGAGCGCAUAGCUGAAGGAAUGAGGGAAAGGAUCGAGGCUACUAGUGGGGCACCGUACAGUAUUACCAGAAGUCCAGAAUCAUUCAUCAUCGGAGGGACCUCAGAGAACUGGGUGGCGAGCCAGGGCGUGCCGUACGUGUACACCAUGGAGCUGCGCGACAAGGGCGAAACCGUCUUCCACCUUCCCGAGCAUCUCAUCGCUGAAACGGGAGAAGAUCUCUGGGCAGCCAUGAAGUAUCUGAACAGCCAGCUCGUGGAGUAAGAGGCAGCACGAGGCGCAGCGCAACUCACUGGCCGAGUAGGAACGACGACAGACGCUUCUUUGAACCACUUAUCUUACUUUUUUUAACUAACACUUUUUAGUGCAUAAGUGAUUUUGACAAAAAGAAAAAAUGUUCACUUUUACUAUAUUUAUUGAUUUAUCAAAAUCUAUUUAUUACUUACUAAUAAAGAAAUUGCACAACA